CUAUUAUGGAAGGAGAAGGUGUUAGUGCUCAGACAAUGGAUGUGAUUAGUGACGAGCCGGAGAGAUGUGAAGAACAGCAGCAGGCUGCUGUCUCCAUGUCUCGAAGGCAAGUCAAUACCACAGAUGGACAUAAGUGUCCCAUUUGUGGUCAAAUGUAUACUGCUAUUACCCAGCACCUGAAGUUCACCGAAGGGGUUACGAAUAGGAUCGAACUGGAUCUUUUGAGAAAACUUGCUCACCGACAGUAAGCAUCCUUAUCUAGGCUUAUACCUGUCUUUGAUGCACAUACUCUAUUAAUUUACUUUUAUUUGCUUAAAUUUCUACUUGAUGAGAAAUUGACAUUUUUACUGUUUUACUUCUACAGCUUUACUGCCAAUUUGGACUGCCCGGUCCGUUUGUGUAACGCUAAACACAUGACCAGACUAGACAAGCACCUGCAAAAUGUCCACAAACUUGAGAAACCUGUUGUUGCACUUUACAUGCAGAAGGCUAAGGAUAGACUUAUUACAAGAGAACUGGCACUCCUGAGGGCUUCAAAACCCACACCACCAAUGGUCUCACAUCUUGAUGAGGUGGAUGAUGUAGCGAUUGAAGAGGGCAUCAGGAGGGAGAUGGAGGCAAGUUCACAAGCUGCUUCCACUGAAGCCUUCUUUGCCCCUUGUUUGACUAUUGUGAGUAGUUCUCCAGAUGCCAGUCAAACUCCCAGUGAGCACACAAACCCAAAUAUGCAUUCUAUUUCAGACUCUGGUAGUGAAGCUCACAGUGAGCAUGCCACCCUAAAUAUGCCUUCUACCUCUCACUCUGUAAUGGAGACUCCCUUUGCACAGUCCACUUUAAAUACGCAUCCUCCUUUUCAUUCUGCUAGUGAAGCUCACAGUGAGCAUGCCACCCUAAAUAUGCCUUCUACCUCUCACUCUAUAAUGGAGACUCCCUUUGCACAGUCCACUCCAAAUACGCAUCCUCUUUCUCACUCUGCCAGCAAGGCUCCCAAUGAGCAUUUCAUCUCAGAUAUGCCUUCUCCCUCUGGAAGCAAACCUAACCAAUUGGCUAGGAUCCAAAGAAAACGUGCUCUGCUGAGGACACCUUCACCUGGCUGCAGGAACUGCCAUCUUUUGUUUGCUGAACUUAAAGUGGUCAAGCAGCUGCUUCAGUGUGAAGUUGAAAGAAAUCAUGAGCUCAAGCAUCUACAUGCUUCAGCAAAUCGGGCAAACCUAGUUAAAUAUAAACGAAGAAAACGCUUUUCACCCAGCAAAGCCCCUCAGUAUGUAAGACUAGUUGAAGAGUUUAGGGGCCAUAUACAAGGUGUGAAUCCAAGCAGGAAAACACAAGAAAAUGCCAAGCAGCGAGCCACUCAUGUGCUCCAUUUUCUGGAAUUUAUGGCAGACUCGAGAAUUCCAAAUGUCGAUCUACUUUUCCUGGAAAACCAUAGUAGAGUCCGCAAUUUUGUGGCACACCUCCAAGAGAAAGGCUUUAAACCAACAACUCAGAGACUGUACUUGAUGGAUGUUGUGGCUUUCCUUAAAUACAUUUUAAACAUGUCACCACAAUCUGUGAGACUUGGAACCAAGAUGAUAAACGCUCUCUUGGUCGAAUUGAGGGCUCGUCUAAGAGAUAUUAGGCCAAAUGUACUCAGGCACCAGCUUAGCGUGCGCCGAUCAAAGUCCGGUAAGUUUGAGAUACAAACCUCUACCUCCAUUGCUUAA